UGAUUCGAUCGAUACCCCGGUGUCCGUUCGUGAUUCGGGCUACGCCAUUUUCGUGGGCAUUGCAUCACUCCUUUGUUUUCAUAUUUAUUUUUGUAUGCAUAUUAUUUCUUUUUGGUACGACUGGUCACGUUAAUCCGGUUACGCCGGAACCUGGGCCAUUUAAAUUUAAGAAGAAGGCGUUAACUUGCAAGUGACUCUGGUACUGCAAAUAAAUUAACGGAGAAUUGGCGAGUUGUACGUAUGUAUGUACAUGUAUACAUACAUAUACAAAGGACGUACUUAAGGGAGAAGAUAUUCUAACCAGGGGAAAUCCAACGAAAUAGCGAGUGGUAAAAUGGAUGAGGCUAAAUUUCUGAAAAGGAAGGUAAGAUCUGGAACAUUGGAUGUUCAUCCAACAGAGAAGGCUCUGGUAGUUAAUUAUGAUGUUGAGGCGUUGAUAUUGGGGGAACUAGGUGAUCCUAUGCUCGGCGAUCGCAAGGAAUGUCAAAAGAUAAUUAGAUUGAAGAGCUUGAACACCGAUACUAAUGUUUCUCUCUUAGCCAAGGAGGUAAUGGAAAAGUGUUCGUUGAUACACGAAUCUAAGUUGCAUGAGGUUGAGCAGUUAAUAUAUUAUCUACAAAAUCGUCGGACCAAUGAUAUCAGUACAGGUAGUGAUAGUAAUUCCCAGUCACUAAGACCAGCAUCGUCGAAUUCAGUAAUCACAGAGAACAGUGAGAUUGAACGUGCAGUCAUUAGUAACAUUGACAGUUAUAUUGAAUUAUUAUAUGAAGAAAUACCAGGAAAAAUUAAAGCUUCAUCAUUAAUUUUACAAUUAGCGAGGAUACCUGAUAAUCUUUUAGAAUUGACAAAAAAUGAAUCAUUAUUAAGUGCAUUAGCUAGAGUUCUCAGAGAAGAUUGGCGGCGCAGCAUAGAACUAUCCACGAAUAUCAUUUAUAUCUUUUUUUGUUUCUCAACGUAUAGUCAGUUUCAUAACAUUGUGCUUGAAUACAGAACCGGUUCUCUUUGUAUGGACAUAAUUGAUUUUGAAUUACGUCGCUAUGACCAGUGGAAGGAGGACAUGGAGAAACGUCGGAAACAGUUUGAGAACAUCACUGGUCUAACGUUUUUUCCAGCGGGUAAUAAUGAUAAUUAUGACAGGAAGAUUAGAAUCAUCGAUGAUAUUUGGAAUAUAGAAGGCCCAUUAGAUUAUGAGGUCAAGAGACGCUCUGCGGAAGUAUCUUCUGUAACUGUCUCUGAAAGUGAUAUUAAGAAGUUGAAGGAGGAACUAGAAAAAAGUCGCAAGAAGUUCAAAAGUUUGACUAAGAAGCAAGAGCAACUGCUACGAGUUGCAUUUUAUCUACUGUUAAAUAUUGCCGAAAACGCUAUGGAAGUCGAAAAAAAAAUGCGUAAAAAAAAUGUCAUCAGUAUGCUGAUUAAAACGUUAGACAGGGCCAACACAGACUUGUUGAUCCUGGUUGUUACAUUUUUGAAAAAGUUAUCCAUCUUUCGCGAAAACAAAGAUCUUAUGAUAGAAGAAAAUAUUAUAGACAAAUUACCGAGACUUUUACAAAACAAUAAUACUGAUCUUGUGCUGAGCACCUUAAAAUUGUUAUUUAAUCUCUCUUUUGAUACUAAAUUGAGAGCAAGAAUGAUUAGAGUGGGUAUGUUACCAAAAUGGAUAAAGUUGCUUAGCCAAGCUGAUAUAAAAAAUAAGAGCACAAUUGUAGGACUACUCUAUCAUGCCAGUAUGGAUGACAAAGUGAAAGCAAUGUUCAUAAAUACAGAUUGUAUUUCAAUGGUAACAAACAUGAUAUUAAAUUCUGAGGAUGAACAUGUAAGAUCUGAAUUAAUAGCUCUCGGCAUAAAUUUAGCUAUUAAUAAUAAGAAUGCGCAACUGAUGGUGGAGAACAAUCGUUUGCAAGGUCUCAUAAAAAUUGCAUUUAAAAAUCAAGAUGCCCUUAUAAUGAAGAUGAUUAGAAAUAUUUCCCAACACGAUUCAACAAAGGAAAAUUUUGUCGAAUUUGUGGGUGAUUUUGCAAUGGCUUUGACUCAAUCUGAUUCUCAAGACUUUGUACUGGAAGUGAUUGGCGUGUUAGGCAAUUUGGAAUUGCCUGAUUUGGAUUAUUCUCAAAUCAUUCAACGCUGUAAUCUUAUACCAUGGAUACGUAAUAAUUUGGUUCCAGGUAAAGUGCAAGAUGAUGUAGUUCUUGAGAUUGUCAUAUUUCUCGGCACUUCAGCCCGUGAUGAAGAUUGUGCUCGUUUGUUAUGUAAGGCUGAUAUACUUCUCUCUCUUAUCGAACUCCUUAAAGCCAAGCAAGAGGAUGAUGAAAUGGUUUUACAAAUUAUUUACAUUUUUUAUCAAAUUGCAAAACAUGAUUCAACCCGAGAUUAUUUGAUUCGAGAGACUGGUAAUGAAGCUCCCGGAUAUCUAAUCGAUUUAAUGCACGAUAAAAACUCUGCAAUAAGAAAAGUCUGUGAUACAUGCUUAGAUGUCAUUGCUAUAUGCGACAAGAAUUGGGCAGUUCGCAUAAAGGUGGAAAAGUUCCGAUCGCAUAAUCAGCAAUGGUUGGAAAUGGUUGAGUCGAUAGGAACAGAUUCGAUCAAUCAUAUGUUACCGGAUGAUGACGAUGACAGUUUAUCUCCAUUUAUCAGCGGUGAUCUACUAAAACAUACUAUAUUAUUUCCCUCUGGUAAUACUGCAUCAUUUAAUAUGGAUGAUGGAUUUUCAAUUAUGAAACAUUCAUCGGAGUCAUCUGAAAAUCCUAGUCGGCCUGUCAGUAGAUAUCGAGAUCUCGACGAAAUAGGUGAACUCAUGGCUCGUUCUAAGUCUCGCAUGUCCGUUGCUUCAGGUAUAGAAGAUUUAUAUUAUAAUUCUAGAGUAAAAUUCAGUGAGUCAGAUAGUUCUCAUAUAUUAAUCUGAAAAUUAAUCCGAAUGUCCUGAUAUAGAUACAUGAAUUAAUUUUUCAAAGAUAUCUAGAAUAUUUUCAUUAUAUUCAAUGGAAAAAAAUGUUUGCUACUAUAUUACAAAGACACGCUUGCUUAAACAGAUUUUAUUAUAUGUAUUAUAGACAGUUUUUACCUCAUAGUGCCAGUAUCCGAACUCUGAUUAAUGGAAUCGACUGAUUAGGUUAAUUAGAGUUUGUGAGAUCGGUCCAUAGUCAAAUAUU